ACCAGCUAUAAUCCGAACAUAAUUCCAGUAACGACCCGGUUUAAGGUGAGUCCUAAACUUAGAGCUUCAGCGUACUGGUGUUGCUCAACGACCGAAAGAAACAGCGCCAAUCGGCAGCAGAAUCCACUGAACAAGUGAGUUAGCGAAAAAGAAAAGAGACCGGAAAUGGCGAUAUCGGGGGAUCUGAGAAUUUCUGCAACAUUGGCAUCUUAUCACCAGCAUCCCACUCGUAGCACCUUGCCCUCAUCGAAGGUAGAUUUCACAGCUUUCACAAAUAAUGCCUCUGAAAUCUGCACCAAGUGGCCCAGCAUAACGGCUAAUAAUCGAUUCAUGCUUUGUCAGUCUAAACGACUUUCUGGGAUCACAGGAGAUUACGACCUUCCUCCAAAUACUGUCAGUCAAGAGAUUGAAAACUUUCUCCUAAACACCAUUAAUAUGAGCUUCUUGGACCGUUUAAAUUUGGCUUGGAAGAUUGUAUUCCCCUCUCCUACUACGAGAAGGAGCUCUAAUGCAAGAAUUGCCAAGCAGCGACUAAAGAUGAUCCUCUUCUCUGAUCGGUGUGCAGUUAGUGACGAGGCAAAAAGGAAGAUAGUGAACAACAUCAUCCGUGCUUUGUCAGAUUUCGUGGAGAUAGAAUCACAGGAUAAAGUUCAGCUGAAUGUCUCUGCUGACUCAGAUCUCGGGACCAUUUACUCCGUCACAGUGCCAGUACGUCGAGUAAAGCCAGAAUAUCAAGACUUGGAUGAGGUUGGAGCAAUAACAAAUAUUGAAUACAAGGAUACUGGGGAAUCAUCUGGUUCAGUUGAUGUGACAUUUGAUUUCUUCAUUCCAGAUAACUAAAUGUUGUUUUAUGUACUGAAAAGAUAAAGUUGCAGUUGGACCGGCAUCAAAAGUUGCUGUUUGGCUACUAGAAGCAUUAGGAAGUAAGACAGCCAAUAAUUUGUUUGUAAAUAUAAAAUUUCCUGUAGGAUGAGUGAGCUCUUGGCUCUGUGUCUUAUUAUUUUUCAUUGACACUCCAUAGACCCUUGUGCUUUUAUUCUCCUCAACAGAGUGAAGGUGGUUGUUCUUUAUGUGCUUUUAUUUUCCAAGUACUGAAUAUUGAUUUAGUACUUGUUCAGUGUAGGCCAAUCUCUCCCUGCUACUUUUGUUUCUUCCAAGCGUUGCUCAAUGCAAUUGACACCGGUGUUCCUGUGUUUCAGUAUUAUAAA